UGUUUUGCACUUUGCAAUUGUUGAGUGAUUUUAAUGUGGAUGUAAACAUUACCCUGCGCUAGUCACUUCCUCACAAACGACCAUCUUGUGAUAUCUAAAGAUGACUGUCAUGUGCUUUUCUCAUUUCAUAAUAUUAAUCUAUGGUUGAGCAAUGAGGAAAGAGAAAACAUUCAUAAAGAUUCUGGUCUAUUUCCCCACUUACCCACUUCUCAUUGUGUGCUUUGAUCAAAUUAAAGGACUUAUAAAUGUCUGCUGUAGCUGUGUCAGAGGGCAGUUGAAAUGACAGGGAUGAGGGGAAAGUCCUGUGUCUUUUAUUUCUCUGCAUGUUUGGGGUUUUUUCUUCAGUUUCCUCAUUCAGUGAAAACAAUGCAAAUGUAGCUUGUCACAUGAAUGAUUUGAAGGCGUUGCGUGGGUUGCACCAAUAAGGAUUACAUUUUAACCUAAGGUUUAUCGAUUACUGCAGUUAAGGAUAGUCAGGUUUACAUAGCCAGUCCUUUUAAUCUUUGUGAUGUAGCAUUGUGUCAACAGAUCCAUCAGUUACAUUUUGAAGACAGGUCAGGUCAAAGGCUUCCUGAAAGCACCAUAAUGGAGACUACUUGGACUGAUCCAGUCCAUUCAAUUGAGCUGAAGUCUUUCUUCAUAUCAGAGGAGUAUGGAUUUGUUCUUGAGGACCCUUUGACUGAACUCCCACGCUGUUAUCAGCCAUGGAUGGAUGUAGCCAACAACCUUACACACCUCAUAAAGACUCAUCAACUCCGAGACCUGGUGAAAAAGAUGCCUCUUCUGAGCACGCUCCAUCUCCAUGGAUACCGGCAGCUGAGGCUCGCUCACCUGGCCUUAGGUUUCAUAACCAUGGGAUACGUGUGGCAGGAGGGGCUUCACCAGCCAGCUCAGGCAUUACCCAGAGCCCUGGCUGUCCCAUACUGUAAUGUAUCUCAAGCUCUGGGUCUCCCACCCAUCCUGGUCUAUGCAGACUGUGUUCUGGCUAACUGGAGGCUCAAGGACCCAAGCCGACCAAUGGAAAUCGGAAACUUAGAUACCAUCUUCUCAUUUCCUGGAGGGGAGAGUGGUAAAAACUUUUUCCUGGUCUCCAUGUUGGUGGAAAAGAGUGCAAAUUCAGGAAUACAGGGUGUAAUUUCUGCAGUGAAUGCCAUGGUGACAUUUGAUAUAAGUAGUUUACAUAAGGCUCUUCAGAGAAUUACUUUGUCUCUCAAAAACAUGGAGGAGGCGUUUCGGAUCAUUCACAAUCAUGUAGACCCAAAAAUAUUCCAUGGGACGUUCCGAAUCUAUUUAUCUGGAUGGAGAGACAACCCGUUGCUGCCAGACGGUUUGUGGUAUGAGGGGGUCAGAGAGGAGCCUCUGCGGCUGUCAGGAGGAAGCGCUGCUCAGAGCUCCUCCAUCCAGAGCCUGGACACACUGCUGGGCAUUCAGCAUGAUCUGGACUCAGACAGCAGGCUUUCUGAGGCGAAUGCGGAGCUACAUGCCCCCGUCCCAUCGGCAGCUGAUAGAGACUGUAGCCGCCAGCCCGUCUCUGCGCUCCUUCGUGCUGUCCAGUGCCGACCCCUCCCUCUGUCAGGCGUACAACACCUGCGUCUCUGCUCUGGUGGCACUACGGAGCUACCACCUCAACGCCGUGGCCAGGUACAUCACAGUGCCCAGGCAGAGGGGGCGAACAGGACCGGUGGCGGGCUGCCCAUUCCGUGGAGCGUGCGAGGGCCUCAGUGACCGCGGCACGGGAGGUUCCAACCCCAUGACAUUCCUGAAGAGCGUGCGAGACUGCACCAGAAAGGCACUCAUCACCCACCACGUGAGCCUAGCAGAGGCAUGAGGACACAUGGGAUGAUACAAUAGACUAUGGUACACUUGAUGAGUAAUAGCUAAGUGUUUGUUCAAAGCACCACUCUUUUCUGAGAUGAUUAUACCAAAACUAUAAAACCCAAUAGAGUGUUUAGGUGUAGUCUGUAUUAUUUGUAGUUAUCACUGAUUUAGACAUUUAUACUCUCAGUGGAUUCAUUUCAGCUCAUGAUUCUAAAUGUAUAAAAGUAUUAAUGGCAUUAAUGAUGUUCUUCAGUAAGGGUUCUCAUGGCUCAGCUGUCAACAACCAAAUGUAAUGUUUAUGUUUAUGUUUACAUUAAUAUCAUCAACAACUCUCCAUCCACAUACCCAUUUUGUGACUAAGUUGUUCUGAAUCAUUGUUACAGUUUGUCACUUUGGUGCAUUUCUCAAAUCACAGUGAACAUUUGCACAACAGUGCAUCUCAAAACAAUUUUACAGUUUAUGCCUUAAUAAGCAAAUAUUUAUGCCAAUGAAACAGUCAGUGCAAUCAUAAUGUCAUUGUUUAUGUCAAGAUAGUCAAAGUUUUGUCUUUGUCAAUAUGACAGUUUACUCUGUAAGUAUUUUCUAAUGAACAAUGUGCAUUAGAAAAUAUUUUCUAUUUCAAUUGUUGACAAACAUUCUAUUGUUGACAAACAUUGGGACAGUAUAAAGAAAACAAAGGCUUUUACAGCAUUGUGCAAAUGAAAAAUACAGUAAAACUCCUCUUGGUCA